AUGGCAACCUUAAUUUGAGAAAUUGAAAAAAAUUAAAGUAUACCUCUUAAUAUAGCAUACUUGUCAGCAUAUAAAUAAAAUAUUAAAGUUAAAAUUUGAAUAAUGUUAAAAUCGGAAAUGCAACAUCAAUUUUGGAUUACCAAAAAAACUGUUCAAAGGAAACUUGGUUCUAAGGAGGACGAACAUAUUAUAUCUUCUGAUGCGGAACUUGAUGCUAAAAUUGAAGUUUUUAAAUCAAUAUCUGCAACUAGUGUAGAAUUAUCGAAAAUAAUUGAUCAAUACCAAGAAAGACUUUGCAUAUUGUCGCAAGAAGAAAGUGUAUUUGGACGAUUUCUGAAAGAAGCUGGAAAAAGAAGUAAAACAACUGGCCAAAGUAUUACAAACACUGGGAAAGCAGUUUCUUAUUGUGGUCAGCAAAGAAUGUGUGUACGUGUCCCACUCUUAAGAUUGCAACACGAAGUGGACGUUUUUCGUUAUCGCGCUAUUACUGAUACCCAAAACACUAUUACCACUAUGGAAAAAGAGCGAACGGAGUAUAGAGCAGCAUUAGAAUGGAUGAAAUCUGCAAGUACAGAGCUGGAUCCUGAUACAGGUCGAGGAUUAGAAAAGUUUCGAACAGCUCAAUCUCACGUACGAAAUGCAAAACAAAUCUUCGACAAUUUGUCCAUGGAUUCUAUUCAAAAGGAUGAUGCUGCUCAAGCUCCACAAUCGGAACCAUCCGAAUCGGAAGAAGCACAACCGUCAGAAGAAGCACAACCGUCAGAAGAACCACAAGCCGAUGAAGGUCAAAGUGAACAUCACCAUCACCACAAACAUGGACAUCCUAGACCACCAAAACGUACACCAGUUUUCGGUAUCGGAUUCCAUUUAGAUACUGGAAAAUAA